CGUGCACCAAUAAUCAAACCUUAGGCUACGUAUCGGAAUGCACUUAGGCUAAUUCAAAAGAUAAGCUUUGCUGACGAAUGGCCAAAUAAAAUACAUACCGUAGCUUACAUCUGUCAGGAAACCCUUUGAUUAUCGAGUCCCUGUCGCUUUAACGUUCCAGACAAAACGCCCCAUAUGAUUUUGGUGCUCCAAUCAUCAGUUACUUCGGUGAGAGGCAGACGGCGAAUUUGUCGUUUUUUGCAAACAUGGCGAAAGAGGACAUAUGUCUGCGGCUUGACGUACAGUAGCGAUGUGAAGGACAGAUGUUUUCAUGGAGAAGCGUAAUCGUGUUAAAAAGGAGGGUAAACGGAACUCCUGUGGCAUAUCAAACAGUUGAUCACAAUGCUCAUAGUGGAGAAAACAGCUGACCACCCGACUGCAGAGUUCUCGCUGCUGGAGGAUGUGGCCCUGCACUUUACCUUCCUGAUGGACCGGCUCAAUGACCAGCGCCUCUUCCAGCCGGACCUGUGCGACGUGGACAUCGUGCUGCUGCGGCACCAGGCCACCUUCCAGGCCCACAAGGGCGUGCUGGCGGCGUACAGCCCCUUCUUCCACUCGCUGUUCGGCCACAGCAAGGAGCUCCAGCGCGUGGAGCUGGCGCUCGAGGCCCUGCAGCCCCAGGGCCUACAGCAGAUCCUGGACUUCAUAUACACCUCCAAGCUGCUGCUGACCAGCGGCAACGUGCAGGAUGUGCUGCGGGCCGCCACCGUGCUGCAGAUGACCGACAUCGCCGCCUCCUGCCGGGAGCUGCUCAGCCACGGGUCCCUGGCCGGGGUGCCCAGUGCGGCGGGGGACGAGGAGGCCAAGCAGGGCGCACAGCUGUGGACCAACGGUGGUGGGGACGGCGGGAGGGCCGCUGCUGUGGCUGCCUACCGCGCGGACGUCAAGCAGGAAAUGGAGUCAGCCAGCGCAAAAAUCUACGGACGGGAGGGCGGAGGGACCCAGUUCACCCUGCAUGUGGAGGACGGCCCGCUGAAAAGCGAACACCCGGGCAACGCCAAGCCUGUGCAGUUCCUCAAAAAGGAAGGGGAGGACGCAGCGGUGCAGGGGGCUUUGAGCGUCCCUGGAGACACGCAGCAGAUCAUCGUGGAGUUGAACCUGAACAAUCAGACCCUCAAUGUGUCCAAAGGCCUGGAAGAGCAGCCCUCCCCAGUGCUGCUGCCCUCUGCACACAGACAGCCAGGAACGGACCAAGCUGGACGUGACGAGGAGAAAGACAACAAAGAGGCCGAGGAAGAUGACGACGAUGACGACGACGACAACGAAGACGUGAACAUGGAAGAAGGGAAAGCGGCGCAAACCGAGGAAGAGGAGGACGACCAAGGAGGGUCCAGCGAAGAGGAGGACGGACACAACAGCGAUCAAGCCAUAGCAGAUUUCACCCCACGUCCACCCCAGCGACAAACCAGGGUGGCGGCCAUGUUUGUCGGAGCAUCUCCCCUGAGGAGCCGUCUGGCGGGCCAGCAGGGCAAGCUGAUCAGUGGCGGCGUCCGAUCCGAGGAGCCGGAGGGCCAGGGCCUGAAGGUGCGGCUGGAGGAGAGGCAGACCUUCCCCUGCGUUCGCUGCCCACGCAGCUUCAACAAUCACUGGUACCUGGAAAAGCAUGUGAGCGCCACGCACCACCGCAUGCAGGUGUGCGACAAGUGUGGCAAGCGCUUCCUGUUGGAGAGCGAGCUGCAGCUCCAUCAGCAGACCAACUGUGAGAGGAGCAUACAGUGUGGUACUUGUGGAAAGGCCUUCAAGAAGCUGUGGUCACUGCAGGAACACAACAAGAUUGUCCAUGGUUAUGCCGAAAAGAGAUUUUCCUGUGAGAUUUGUGAGAAAAAGUUCUACACCAUGGCCCAUGUUCGCAAACACAUGGUUGCACACACAAAAGAAAUGCCAUUUACUUGUGAGACAUGUGGAAAGUCCUUCAAACGGAGCAUGUCUCUGAAAGUCCACUCCCUCCAGCAUUCAGGCGAGAAACCCUUUAAAUGUGAGAACUGUAGUGAGCGCUUCCAGUACAAAUACCAGCUGCGCUCCCACAUGAGCAUCCACUUAGGCCAUAAGCAGUUCAUGUGCCAGUGGUGCGGCAAGGACUUCAACAUGAAGCAGUACUUUGAUGAGCACAUGAAAACACACACAGGAGAGAAGCCAUACAUCUGUGAGAUGUGUGGAAAGAGCUUCACCAGCCGGCCCAACAUGAAGCGGCACCGGCGCACGCACACCGGCGAGAAGCCGUACCCCUGCGACCUGUGUGGCCAGCGCUUCCGCUUCUCCAACAUGCUCAAGGCGCACAAGGAGAAGUGCUUCCGAGUGACCAACCCCACCGCCACAGAGGCCGAUUGGGCGCCUGCCUCUGGCCCUAGGGCCUCGGCCAAUGAAAUGACUCCCCUGACUGAAGAUGGAUUGGGGUCCUCUAAUCACAGCACAGCGGCGUUUCCAUCUCCGCUGCUGCCGCCAGCUGAUCGGAGUUUGGGGUUGCCGUCUCUCUCCAUGUUCUCCUCCGGACGGCUCCACGCUGAGGACCACUGACCACUCCACUCUCCGUUUUGUAGCCCUGGAACUCUAUAAGGUACUUCUAGUCAAACUCUAUAUAGGAAAGUAUAGCAUCUAUUGAGAACAAUCAAGUGAUUAACAGCUCUAUAUUUUAUACCGUGAAUCCAAAUAUACUAUGUCAGUCUGUAGUAUUUACAAGCUAGUCUGUGACUUUAUGUUCCCUGCGUGUUGCAUUGAUGUCAUAGAAAUGUAUGUAGCAAAACCCUAGAUACUAAGCACUUUUUCUGUUUCAUUACACUCAUUUUCAUCUUCUAGGGAUUUUACAAUAGUUCCUCUAAGGUCUGUUGAUGAUGAGUUGAUGUUAAUUGAGUUUAUUUGUAUGUGUUGUUAAUUGCUUUUCAGUAAGACUGAUAUCCAAAUGUAGGAUUUUGCAACCCUCACCCCUUUCCUCGUACAAUCAGCAGUGGCACUUUACCAGUCCAGAGACUCCUCAGGGCAACGCCAUGCCCAUGUGAAGCCAAUAUGAUAAGCCCAUUACCUAAUGAUUCUCAUAGGAGCUUAUUGGUUAUACUGUUGAUAUCCUUGCUACUCAUAUCAUUGAUUAGUCCAAGUUACUUCUGCUGGUUUGUUUGUUUUGUUACUGCGUAGUGUUAAUGUAAUUCAUUUACUCAUUGGCAAAUUCAAAUGCUUAUACUCACUGGCACUGGCAUCAGCAUUAGAGAUAUCUAGAUGGCACUUUAACCAGAAUUUGACAUUCCGUCUCGAUAAGAUCUGUGUUAAUUACAGAGCACAGCACAGGCUUGGUGAAGGUCACACAUGGUAGAUGCAGAUUUACCACAGAUAUUCCAAUAUGGUGGUUAUUAUGAAGUAUGUCAGCACACAAAUCAGUUUUAUCGUGAGAUCUUAAACAUUUCCUAUCUGCAUUUCAUAUGUUCAGGACAAAUGUAAAAUUCACAGGGUUUUGAAUGUAAAAGAGAUUGUUGCAGUGCAGAGCAAUUGGAAAUCGUUACUGAAUGGCAUGUAUUGCUUGUUUUGAUUUUGUUAUUGAAUGGCAUGCAAUGCCUUUGUUGGCAGUUUAGAUGCUCUUUUAGACUUAAAAAGUCUAUCAGGCUUAAAUCUUGUUUAACCGUUAACAGCUUUAAAGAGUGUAUUUUCCUUAGAGCAGUACCAAACUAUAAGGUUGUUACACGGAGCUUUCACUUUGGCAACAGUAGAUCAGUGUCAUCUAUGAAGCAUGUGGGAGCCUAUAAGCAGAAAGUUGGCAAGUUUCUGAAAUCAGUAUGCUAUGUUAUGGCAGUGCUUAUGUUAAGCAUUUAAAACUAUUUUUUGUUUUAGGUUUGUUACUUACCCAUACACAUCUCCUUCAGUUAGUUUUAUAUGAUUGUUUAGUCUGUAAAUUGAUCUAGAUGGAAUCUUUUGGAGCAUUACAUUUGCUGUCAUACAGUUGUUUUUACAGUUUAGGCCAUGUAAUGGUGAAGCUGAAGCGGUGCACUCAGAUGAAAUGAACACAUCUCAAAAGUAGCGAAUUGGCCUUUUAGUAAUGGCACUUUGCUUGAAAUUUAGUGAAGUCAGAAAGCAUGAUGCAUAAUGACUAAGUCUGCAAUUGUAAUUUGUUGCUUUGCAAAAUUUGUAAUGCACAGACAUUAGGCUAACUUUGUGCAAUAGGACAAUGUGUGCUAUUUAUUGGAGAUAGGCCUGACAGAAGCCUGUGGUUAAGUAAUAGAGAUGAAGGACACUAUUGAUAUUGCAGCUGCUGGCAAAUUCCAAUUGCAGAAAAGUAUGAUUGUUUUAGGGAACACCUUAAUUUUAGAAUCUCAAAAGAAUGAUUGGUGCUGUCAAGUGGACUUGAGUGAAGAGAUUGCUAACUGUCAACUUCCAGUGCUUUUAUGUUAUGAGGAUUUGGAAACUGCUUGCCGGUGAAGUUUUUUACAAAAACACAGUUGAUAUUUGGUCUCAAAGCAUCAUGGACAAAUCACUGAUGUAUCAGAAUUCACAGCUCAUUUAGCAAAAGCAGAUUAUGCAGUGUGAACUCAUCCUCAGCUACUGUAUGUGUAGCUGUGUGGAGGUUUAAUCAUCCACAUUACAGAGUUUUGGAAUCUUACUUUGGAAUACCGAUAUUAUGAAUAUGAAUUUGGAUUUUUUUUUUGCAUUUUAACAUAAUUUUAUUCAUAAAUGAAUGAUUCGAUUAGGAUUAUAUUUGAAGGAAACUAUAUUUUGUGUUUGAGGAAUUUCCAGCCCAUAAGCACUUUAAUAUGCCAAUUAUUGCCAUUUGAUCUUGUGUUCUUUUUAAUAAUGUUGCACAUAAUAUUCAUAUGUAUGUAGCUCUCAUUUGUAAAUUGAGAAAAAAAGCUUACUAAACCAGUUACUGUAUAAACCCAAAAGAUAUUUAGAGGAUUACAUUUAAGACAACACAUUGUGGUUGUGCUUUACAUUUAUGGUGGCAGUUGUAUUUAUGUAGAGAAUGUGGAACAGCUCCUUUCCCAAACAAAUUCAAUCUUGACAAAAUUUGAAUCACAUCAAACAAUAUGUAUGUUACUCUGUCUGAGGAUACUGUAACUCCAAGAUACCCUAAACAUUAUGAUGAGGAGUGGGGCUGUUGAUGCUAGGUGGAGCAGAUUGCUAUGAGUCUUCUGACCAAAAGUAAAACAUGACACAUACUGUAAGCAUGGAGGCUAUAAGGAAAUUACACAAAUAGUCUCGUGCAGUUUUGUUUAAGUUGAGAGGCCAAAGUGUGUUAGCAUCAUUUGGAAGAUCACAUGCAAAUAAAUCUUUGUUUCUUUUCUUCUUUAUUUUACCUGUUGCAAUGACUCCACAAGUCCAGUAAUAUUUCAGUCAGCUAACAUUGUGUGUUUGUAGGCCUAUACUUGUUUGUUUUUCAACAACCAUAAUCUUGUUUAUGACCGUGCAUAUAUUUUUGUUUCAAUAAGUGGUUAAUUUGUUAUAUUAACAGAAGUGUUAGAGUUUGGAAACACCACGUGUGUAAUGUCUAGAGGUGCUAAUAAUAUUGGUCGAUAUAUUCUGGCAUAUGUGUGUUCAUUUGUAAACUAUAUGUUCAAGAGAGGAAAAAUAGAAGUAUACUGUAUUACAAAAUAUACCAUGUAAUUUUGAAAUAAGUGUUCUUCCCACUGUUUCAUA